AUGCCUCCAGAUGAGAGUGUCGGGCCAACCUGGCUCGGUGUGUCAUCAAGUCUACUGGUCGCCCUCCUCGUCACCACCGCCCUUCGUCUAUGGGCUCGCGCCGGACGCCGGAAUCUGGGAUGGGACGACUACACCAUUGCUGCCGCGGCCCUUUCGGCGACAGUAAGGUACGCUUUCGGCGUCAUGCAGCUGCCUCAUGGCAAUGGGAGACACCGCGUCUACUUGACCAACCACGAGUACAUGAUGAUCAACAUGUAUGGCUGGUGGGGGCAGUUGUUCCACUUCACAUCAAUGGCGUUCUUGAAGGUGUCUCUAUCUCUGUUGAUUCUCCGGAUCAAGAGCAACGGAACCCUCAAGAUCUUGCUGUAUGCUGUCAUUGUUGGCUCACUGCUCAUCAACUUUGGGGUCGUCAUUAUCCUGCUGGCUGAGUGCCGUCCAGCAGGAUUCUGGAGGGGUAAAGAUGCCGACUGCUGGCCCAACAAGAUUCGAAUUUAUGCGAUAUGGGUUUCCAUAGCGUACUCCGUCGUAACAGACUUUUUCUGUUCUCUCCUUCCCCUCACCGUAGUCUGGAAGGUGAAAAUAGCUUUACAGAGAAAGAUUAUGAUUACCGGCUUGAUGAGUCUAGGUCUUGUCGCAACAUCCUUCGGCAUCGUACGUGCCAAAUCUCUAGGCGUGUCCGAAACCGAUCUUAGUUGGGACUUCUGUAUCACUGCCAUCUGGUCCAACCUCGAACUGUUUCUCGGGAUAUCCGCCGCAAACAUAGCCCUCUCGCGAGCUGUGUACACUUAUUUCUUUCCACCAAGCAGCGAGUCGAGACCGUCGGGCCACUCCGGCCCAUCUAGCAAUGGUUAUUUUCACAGUGGACUACGAUCCGACCGUUUCGAAAUUCCGGCCACAAUGAUUAGCUCAGGCCGUCGGCGGGGGUCGGCAACAAGGAGUUCAAAUAGCGACAUCCCUUUGGAGCCUGGGAUUCAGAAGAAGACGGAGUUCUGGUGGAGAGAAGACGGGAGCCCUCAGAGAACACCAGAAUCAGUGCAGUGA